AUGGUAUACCUUCAUCACGAUUCAAGAUUAAGAAUCAUUCACAGGGAUUUGAAAGCAAGUAAUGUUUUACUAGAUGCUCAAAUGAACCCGAAGAGAAGAUAUCUGACUUUGGGAUGGCUCGAAUCUUUGGAAAUGAUCAAAUCGAAGAAACGACAAGGAGAUGGUUAUAUGUCACCAGAGUAUGCCAUGGAAGGUCUUUUUUCAAUUAAAUCCGAUGUUUUCAGUUUUGGAAUUCUACUCUUGGAGAUCAUAAUGGGAAGAAAAAACAGUAGUUACUAUGCUGCAAACUCUGUUAACCUUAUUGGACAUUUCCAUAAUAUAUUCCGCCAUAUGCCCAGUUACAACUUAAGUGGACCUGAUUUAAAUUAG